AUGGGUAAAGAUUAUUACGCUAUCCUGGGUGUGUCCAAGAAUGCGGACGAAAACGAAAUUAAAAAGGCUUACCGCAAGCAAGCUUUGAAAUGGCAUCCUGACAGAAACAAGGACAAAGCCGAACUGGCUAAAACCAAAUUUCAGGAAGUUGGUGAAGCCUUUGAAGUGUUGAGCGACAAGAAUAAGCGUGCUAUUUACGAUCAGUACGGUGAAGAAGGUCUCAAAGCCGGUCCACCGCCAUCUGAAGGCCCUGGUGGCGCCGGUGGUGGAUUCCCUGGCUUUGGUGGCGGCUUCCCUGGCGGUGGUGGUGGUCAUACCUUCACCUUUACCUCUGGCGGUCCUGGCGGCGGAUUCAAAUCGUACCACCCAUCGAAUGCCGACGAUAUCUUUAAACACUUCUUUGCUUCUUUCGGAGGCGGUGGUAUGGGCAUGGACGAUGAUGACGAUUUUCGCGGCGGCGGUGGUAUGCCCGGCGGUUUUUCAGCUUUUGGUGGUAUGCCCGGCAUGAGCGGUAUGGGUGGUAUGGGCGGCAUGGGCGGUGGUCGUGGUGGCGGAGGCGGAUUCCGUCAAGCCCAGCCACAGAAACCCCCGGCCAUUAAACGACCCUUGCCUAUUUCUCUGGAAGAUUUAUACACUGGUACGACCAAACGACUUAAAGUCACACGCAAACUUCGCGAUGGCGCCACAGGACGACCGGUGACGACGGAUAAAAUUCUUACCAUCAAUGUCAAGGCUGGGUGGAAAGCUGGUACCAAAAUUCGUUUCCCCGGCGAAGGCGACGAGUUGGAAAAUGGACAAGCACAAGACAUCGAAUUCAUUGUCGAAGAAAAACCGCAUCCUGUAUUCCAACGUGAAGGCGAUAAUCUGCGCAUGAAUAUUACGCUCAGUCUCGUGGAAGCACUUACCGGAUUCUCGCGCGUCAUCAAAACUCUCGACGGUAGAUCCCUCAACGUGAAUAACAGCAACUCCAUCAUCCAUUCCGGCCAAGAAUCCCGCGUCAGCAACGAAGGCAUGCCCAAUUCCAAAACGGGCCGCAAAGGCGAUCUCAUUAUCAAGUAUACCGUCAAUUUCCCUACAAGUCUGACGCCCGCACAAAAAGAAGGCAUCAAAAAGGUGCUCGGCUAA